UAACAAUUUACUUUUUAAUAUUUUAAUUAAAGCCACCUAACACGCUUUUUUUUUUCUCUCCCUCUCUUUCUUUCUUUCCCUGUCACAAGUCUCUGUUGUUUCGUUGUCUGAUCUCUCUCUCUUUCUCAAUCAGAGAAUAACCGGCGAGCUUAAUCUCGCCGGAAAAUUGCCCUACGCUGGCCGGAAUCUCCAUUUUCUGAUUUGAGUUCCGAAUUGCGGUUCCUUUCUCUUUCUAGCAAGUUUUCUUGCCAGUGUUCGGGUCCCUAGAAAUAAUCAAAAAGGAAAAAAAAUAAAAAAAAUAAAUUCUGCGUCUGCACCUGUCAUGCUUUUCUUCUAUUAUUGUGGGAUGCGAUUAUCAAGAAAGCAAUGCUAAGAGAGGAGAUGAGGUUUUUGAACAAUAUCUGAGAUCCCCUAAUUCUGAAUUCUUUAUGCUGUAAACCUCCUACAAGAUUCAAUAUUUUUCCUUGUUUUUUUUUCUGUCUCUUUAUUCUCAAGUUGCCUAUGAGAAGUUUGUUGAAUUCUGCGGAGGAACAGAGGAAGAAAGAGUUUUGGAGUUUUUUUUGUGCUGGAGAGAGAUUGUGUUUAAAUUGAGAUGAUGAUGAGUAGAGUCUAACGUAGCUAGCAAGUGAGGAGCUUUUCGGCAAUAUUUUGCUUUUCCAGAUUUUCUGGACUCUGAGCUGCAGGAUGCCUUUUCAAAUCAUGGAUCCGAGGGACGUUCCUGCCUCAUCCCACUUUUUUGAUGACAUUUCCUUUCGUUCUGAGAGGAAUGUUGGAUUGCAGAAGCCAAAAUCCAUUCAUGACCAAUACCCAAAAGGAAAGAAUGGAAUGGUAGCAUCGCCUGGCAACAUUCUGAAUGCUUCUUCAUCCCUUGAAAUAAAUGCAAAAUCUGGCUUGCUGAUGUCGCAGACUAGUCUAUCUCGGGAAAGUAUAGAAAAACUACGUUUUGGUGGAGAAGAAGACAAUGUUGAUGUUUUGAAGGAUUCGAAGGAAUCGUUACAUUAUCAUCCCAGAUCGUGGUCUGAUGUGUGUAUGCAGUCAGCACCUACCUCAUAUGGUUUAAUUGGGAACAAGAUUGUCACCAAUGCUGCCCCUUGUGAAAGUAGUCUAUUCUCAAGCUCACUGUCUGAGAUUUUUAACCAAAAGUUGAGGUUACCGAGGAAUAAUGUUCUGUCUGAUCGGCCCAUUACUGUUGGUUCCCUUCCUGAGGAAGAACCGUAUAAAUCUCUUGAAGAAAUGGAGGCUGACACUAUAGGGAAUCUCCUUCCUGAUGAAGAUGAUCUGUUUUCUGGUGUUGUUGAUGAGUUAGGAUAUGGUUCUCAUGUCAGAACAAAUGAUGACUUCGAAGAUUUUGAUCUGUUUAGCAGUGGUGGAGGCAUGGAGCUAGAAGGAGAUGAACAUUUGACUUCAGGCAAAAGUACUAGUGGUCUGGAUGGAGAUUGUGUUUUCUUGGGAGGUUCUAAAGGAAAACUUCCUUUUGGUGAACAGCCUUCUAGAACACUUUUUGUUAGAAACAUUAAUAGCAAUGUAGAAGACUCUGAGCUGAAGGCUCUCUUUGAGCAAUAUGGAGAUAUCCGAACCAUUUACACAGCCUGUAAGCAUCGUGGGUUUGUUAUGAUUUCUUAUUAUGACCUAAGGGCAGCACAAAAUGCAAUGCAAGCACUUCAAAAUAGGCCAUUGAGGUCUAGGAAACUUGAUAUACACUAUUCAAUUCCAAAGGUCAAUGCUCCAGAGAAAGAUAUCGGCCAUGGUACGCUGAUGCUAUCUGGUCUUGAUUCAUCUGUUCUAAAUGAUGAGCUUAAAAAGAUUUUUGGAUUUUAUGGAGAAAUUAAAGAAAUCUAUGAAUAUUCAGAAAUGAAUCAUCACAAAUUUAUAGAGUUUUAUGAUGUUCGAGCUGCAGAAGCCGCUCUUCGUGCAUUGAACAGGAUUGACAUUUCAGGGAAGCAGAUCAAGCUUGAACCUUGCCAUCCUAGUCUGAUGCAGCAUUCUUAUAAGGGGCAAGAUGAACGAGAUCUUGGUCAAAGUAUUAUUGACAACUUAUCAUUAGGACAGAAGGCAACAGUGUCUUCUGGAGUAAUUGGAUCUGGCUGCUUGGAAAAUGGAUAUAGUCAGAGAUUUCAAUCUGGAAUGCGGCAACCUUUGAAUGCAUUUAUUGAUAAUGCAUUCUUUCAUGUGAAUUCUGGCAUUCACAACACUGGGAUAGGGGCAUCUGCUGGAAAAGUGUCUGGCAUUUGUGAGUCCAGUAACUUUGUUGAUGCAAUGAAAUUUGCAUCUAGUCCGAGCUUUCAUCCUCAUUCCUUACCUGAGUAUCGUGAUAGUUUGGCUAAUGGUAGUCCUUAUAACUUUUCAAGCACCAUUAGCAACAUGACUAGCAAUAUAGGUACUCCAGCAACAGAAGCCUCUGAUGGCGUGCAUAUUCAGGGAAUGAGCACAACUGGGAACUUAGCAGAAUUUAAUGUAGGAGGAAAUGAGAUCCGCCCACAUCAUGGACUUUAUCAUAUGUGGAACAGCUCCAAUUUGCAUCAGCAACGGUCAUCAAGUACCAUGAUUUGGCAGAAAGCACCAUCCUUUGUUAAUGGUGCUUGUGCUCCAUGCCUUCCACAGAUGCCAAGCUUUGCUAGAACACCGCCUCAAAUGCUGAGAACUCCACAUAUGGACCAUCAUGUUGGAUCAGCACCAGUUGUUACAGCCUCACCCUGGGAGAGGCAACAUUCUUACUUGGGAGAGUCCCCCGAGGCUUCUGGUUUUCGGUUGGGUUCUCUAGGAAGUGGAGGUUUUCAUGGUUCCUGGCAGUUGCAUCCACUGGAUUUUUCUUCUCACAACAUAUUUUCUCAUGUUGGCGGGAAUGGCACUGAACUGACAUCUAAUGCUGGGCAGAGCUCUCCUAAGCAGUUGUCACAUGUUUUCCCUGGGAGACAUCCUAUGACUUCAAUGUCAAAAUUUGAUUCUACCAACGAACGAAUGAGAAACCUAUAUCACCGUAGAAGUGAAGCAAACACCAACAAUGUUGAUAAAAAACAGUAUGAACUUGACCUAGGUCGCAUAUUGCGUGGGGAAGACAGCCGAACUACACUUAUGAUAAAAAAUAUUCCCAACAAGUAUACUUCAAAGAUGCUUCUUGCUGCCAUUGACGAGCAAUGUCGCGGAACUUAUGAUUUCCUGUAUUUACCAAUUGACUUCAAGAAUAAAUGUAAUGUUGGCUAUGCUUUCAUAAAUAUGACUGAUCCUGGUCAAAUUAUUCCUUUCCACCAGGCUUUUAAUGGGAAAAAAUGGGAGAAGUUUAACAGUGAAAAGGUAGCCUCACUUGCAUAUGCCCGGAUUCAAGGAAAGACUUCUCUUGUUGCUCAUUUCCAGAAUUCAAGCCUGAUGAAUGAAGAUAAACGUUGCCGCCCUAUUCUCUUCCAUACGGAUGGCCCAAAUGCUGGUGAUCCGGAGCCUUUCCCCUUGGGUGCCAAUAUUAGAUUGAAACCUGGAAAAUCUCGUACUUCUGGCAAUGAAGAGAAUCGCAGCCAAGGGAGUCCUUCAACAUUGGGUGGAGAAGAGUCUGCUAAUGGAAUAGACUCUUCAUUGAGCACUUAAAGAAACUCUGAUUGAUUUAGCAUGGGGCACUAACUAUUCAAUGUUGCACCAUAAUGUCAUAUCAACCCCCCAAGUCUGUAUAUUGACAUUUUGUUUUUUAUUUGAGAGCCGGGAGGAAAAGUGGCUCACAAUUUUUUGCCUAUAGAGGAGCCUUACACAAGUUUUCAGAGGCUAAGAAGGUACAUAACCGUCACUGAUUUGUAGUAUUUUCUUUAUUUUGCUAAAUUUUUACACGGAGUCCUGCUACCAACUCAAGUUUAGAGAAUGGCUUAACUGAAGCUCAAAAUUUUGGCUAGCUGUGAACGGAUGAUGUCAUAAUUUGCAUAAGUUCUCGUCAUUGUGGGGUGCAAGGGGACUUUGCUGAUUUAGUUUUUCAUUAUUGUUGUCUUCUUGUUCAUAUGUAAUUUUGUUUUGUUUUUUUAGUUCCGGGACUUUCGUUUUUAGAAGUGACUAUGAUCCGUUUUUGUAUGUAGAAGUGACUCUUGUUAGAAAAGAGAUUUAAUUGCAGCAUUUUAGUAA